UAAGGAUAUUUGCGUUUUUCCGAUUAAGUGAAAUACUUGUCUUGCUUUAUUUAGGUUUUAAAUAAAAAUCUACAAGCUACAUGCAUUAAUCGACUUUUCAUUUGCCUGUUAUAAAAAAAAAAUCCGGAUUUAUCUUGUUCAACGAAAAGACUAGAUAUUAUGCUACUUCCUGCCAUUUCAAGUUAAAUGCGCGGGCAUGUUUAGACUUCCUUAGUUACGUAAUAGUAUUGCUAUAGAGAAGCUGCGUUUUCGUGACUCCCAAAGAUUGAUAGUUUGUGAAUACUAUCAAUCUUCGCAUUCGCCCAUCGAUUCGUCGGAAGUGUCGGGUACUCGUGUGUGGUUAUAUACAUCGUUCAAUUGGAACAGUCUAUCAACUGUAAAAUUUUUAUCCUUUAAUUAACCUCAGAAAUUUGAAAGGCCGUAUUGGAUAUCUUGAAAUUCAUCGUGUCCAAAGAUGAAGGACACUAUGAAUGUGACAACCGAAGUCCUGCCCAAGCGUGAACCGAUUGUAGUAAAUCGGGACGUUUGGUACAGCUUCAUGAGCAAAGAGGAUGCCGACCCUCAGGCCUGCUGGCUGGAGAGGAAGCGACAAGAGAGGAUGAAAGCUGAAAAAGCUGCCUUGGGAGCUUCUACAUCUAGAGUUUCUACAUCUACAACUUCCUCCUCUUGGUCUGUGGUUUUGGACUCCAUGAAAUUUAAAAAUAUUCAGCAGAAAGUGGACAGAAACCAAAACCAGACACCUUCUCCACCAAGUUCAGUUUCAUCAACUGUAUCAGAUGAUGAGGUUCCGAGAAACCUUAAAAAAUCAUCUUCCAGGGCUGAAAAUGAAACAGAGGCUGCACCACUCUCGGGCCAUAUACAGGCUCCAAACACCAAACACUAUGCCAAUAUCGGCCAAUAUUUGAAUGAAAUCUAUAACAGAGAACAGAUAUGUGACAUUUCAUUCAAACUGGGCAGCAUCAUUUACCCGGUGCAUAAGGUCGUCCUUGCUAGCCAGAGUCCUUUGUUUGAGAAGUUGUUUAACAGCAAGGACUUUACUCAGCCACCCAUAAGACCAAGGCAAAUUAAGGUUACUGGAGUUUCAGAGGGUUCUUUGAAGGCAUUCUUAAAUUGCAUUUAUUCGGGUAAUAUCAAUUUCAUUAAGUCUGAUUGUCUGCAUGAGGUGCUUGAUCUCUCUCGGAUGUUUGAAGUGCAGCAAAUCACACAGUUGUGUUUGCAGAAAAUCUCCUCUCUUGGUCACCAAGACAUGCUGAAACUAUUGCAAAAGAUGAGGAGUCGUAAAGAUGUUGAACUUUGUGACAUUCUGAUGGAUGGCAUAGCCAAAAAUUUUAUGGAGAUUAGGAACAGUACCUCUUUCUACGGCUUGGAUGUGGACACAGUCUGCAUGAUUUUGUCCAAUGAUAGGCUCAAUGUGAGUUCAGAGAUGGACAUAUUUGAGAGCGCUGUAAGUUGGCUUCACCAUCCUGGAGAUCGAAUGAAGAAUCUGGAGAAAAUAAUGGAUACGGUCAGGUUCUCACACCUAUCAAGCCAGCAAUUGAUGGAAUGCUUCGUAAAAUGUUCAGCCCUUAAGCAGAGCCCCUAUUGUGUUGGCUUGAUCACUAUGGCUAACUGGGUUCAGACCUCCAUCAGCCUCAAUCAGCAAGAUCCUCUGAAUCUGGAGAUUCAAGAACCUAGGAGCCUUGCCAACAGUGGAGGGAGUGUUGAGCAAUAUCUAAAGACACACUGUAGCUCUGAGUUUAAGGAACCCGAUGUCACUUACGACAUUAUUCUAAUGACGGAAGAUGCUAUUGAGGAUUUUAAUCGUCAUGCCUGUUCCCGAAGUCAAAGCCAGUCCACAAUUUCUGCACCUUGUAUCAAGCAAUACAGGGAAUCAAAAUGGUCUGUGAUGAACGACAAAGAAAAAGAGAAUGACAAUAAAGUUCUGGCAUGGCUGGCUGGAAAGCCAACCAGUGGCUUUAACAAUCAUCCCAACCCAACUGGACUACAAAGCAUGGAUUGCAUGAUGGGGAGGAAACCAAAGCAAAAACAUGUGUCCAUAGUGGAGGGAAAAAGCAAUGGCAAACAUGUCAAAAAGAAAAGGAGUAAAAGAGAUCGAAUGCAGGACUUGCCCCUCUCUGAUGGUGGUAGAGAUUCUCGUUCAGAGAUGGUAUGGGGAGGAGACCAGUGGUAUAUGGUUGGUGGAACCAGGUACAAAGAUUCGGAUUGUCCCUCCCCCACCAAUAAAGUAUUGGUGUACUCAUACGAGACCAAAGAGUGGAGGCCAGUGGCUCCAUUGAAUGUUGCCAGGAUGAAGCAUUCCCUUUGUGAAGUAGAUGGCUAUAUAUUUGCUAUUGGUGGAAUAGGUGAAGGCAAUCGCUUGCUUUCAUCGGUGGAGUGUUAUAAUCCUAGAACCAAUUGUUGGUUCUAUGUGAAGGCACUGCCUGAGCCCAGGGCUGCUGCCUCUACCUCGGCUGAGGGGGGCAAUGUUUGUCUGCAAGGGGGAUACAGUCAACUGAAUCAUGGGCAGCCCUCCAGUUCUUACUAUGAGAACAAGGUUAAAUUGUUCUACAACAUGGAAACCAAUAAGUGGUUAAGAAAAUACUGAGGCCCAUCCAUCAAACUGAAAUCUUUUCUGGAAUUUUUUAAGGACAAUUUUAAAAUGUAAAUAAACUUGAUCAAAUUUAAAUCUUUAUUGUCAGUGUACAUUUUUAAGUGAAUAUUAUAGAAACAUUUAUGUAAAAUGUGGCAAGAGAAAUUAAAUUGUA